AUGCAGACUGCUUCUGCAAACAUUUGUAAAAGACUGUGCAAUAAGUCCAUCCGUGAAAUUUGCUUGCUACUAAAUAUUCCACGGUCAACUGUUAGUGGUGUUAUAACAACGUGGAAGCAACUGGGAACAACAGCAACUCAGCCACCAAGUGGUAGGCCACUUAAAAUGACAGAGCGGGGUCAGCGCAUGCUGCAGCACAUAGUGCACAGAAGUCGCCAACUGUUUGCAUAGUCAAUAGCUAAAGACCUCCAAAUUUCAUGUGGCCUUCAGAUAAGCACAACAGUGCAUAGAGAGCUUCAUGGAAUGGGUUUUCAUGGCUGAGCAGCUCCAUCCAAGCCUUACAUCACCAAGUGCAAUGCAAAGCGUUAGAUGCAAUGGAGUAAAGCACGCCACCACUGGACUCUAG